ACCAAUAUCUUUGUUGAUUUAUUUUCUCCUGAUCCUAUUUACCUACUAAAUAAAAGAACUUUAUAUUAUAUUGUUGCUUUUCUUCUUGUAGGCAAAGACGUAGACGUAUCUCUAUCAUUGCACAUUAAUCGAAUAUCUGGCGUAGACGAGAGCAAAGAGGAAAUAGCACUGGACGUAUUUUUGCACGUGUACUGGGAAGACCCCCGGAUCUGGAUUUUGGGAAACGCGACCCAGGUGGAGCUUACCUGGGACAAGGACCCGAAAUUCUGGAUCCCUGACCUGUACAUCAGACAAUUGAGAGAGAUGAAGGUGCUUACGCUGUUCCAGGACUUAGCGUCGAUACGAUUGUACGACAACAGCACACUCCGGAUUAGCAUUGGAGCGACCAUAAUAAUCAAAUGUGACAUGGACUUCGUACUUUAUCCGUUGGACGUACAGACUUGUGCUGUAGACUUCGGCAGCUACAAAUACACGCUGACGGACAUGAAAUUCCAUUGGAGAGACGAUCCGCUGAUUUUCCCCAGUGACUUUGGAGAUGGAUUUCGAUUGCCUCGUUAUGUCGUAUCGUUUGUCACUGAUAAUCGUUUGAAUGUGAUUUAUUAUGGCGAUGGUAAUCAUUCCACGGCCCGGCUGGUGAUCACACUCAGCCGUGAACUCAGAAGUCACCUACUAGAGAGCUACUUACCAAGCACGCUAUUCGUCAUCAUGUCUUGGGGCAGUUUUGUAGUAAUGCCCGAAGUUGUGCCUGGCAGAAUGGUUCUACUGGUCACAACACUUCUAUCACUGGUCACCAUGUUCGAUACCAUAAGCAUACGUGGUGCUUUUACCUACAAAUGGAACAAUGUAAAAAAGAACAACUCGCCGAGCGCUCUGGAACUGAAAUGCAUCGAAGUGUGGCUAAUAUCAUGCACGCUGUUCGUGUUCCUGGCGCUGGUCGAGUACUUUAUCGUGCUAUUUGGCAUGCGAUAUGAUAAGCAUUGGAGGCAUAAGAAACGCGAUCUAGAUGGCAGUGGAGGCGCUCCAAGCAAACCACCAUUGUUCGGGUCCAACAAAGUUCACGCAACAUCCGGAAACAAUAUGGCUGGAGACGACGAUUCGACUGCGAAAUCGCAACUCCCUACAUCACAGCAGCAUAUGAUGACGACGAACAGUGGACCAGUGGUGGUUGCAUCCACCGGGAAGCUGCGAUUCCAGCUGAUCACCAGACAUGUCAUACUAUAUUGUGGUUCGCCGAGGGGCACUCUAGACCAGGUUUCGUUGGCACUGUUCCCGUUGUGCUUUGUCAUUUUCUCUGUCAUGUACUGGAUAUCGUACCUAAAUGAGUCCAGGCUUAAGGCGUUGGCCUCCGUCGUCUGAACGAAUGCAAAAAUUAAAAUGACAUGUGCGUAUGAUGAUGAUAAUAAUAACAGGCAUAGGCGCAAAUAGCGUUUGGUAUUGGGGGGGAGGGGGGGGGCUAAAGCCUUACUUUGGUAAUAUUGAAUAAGCUUAAAACAAAAUUUAGAAAAUGUUUGGGGGGCGUAGCCGCUAAAGCCCCCUCUAUUUGCGCCUAUGAAUUAACAGGGGCGUCAUUUUAGAUGUUGCAGGGUAUGCUUAUGCAUUCCUAAAAUUUAUCAAGAGUGUAUUUUUGCCUGAUUAUAAUCUUUCUGCACCAGGCAGAAAUAAACUUUUUUUUUAUUUGGUCUUAAGUAUUGCCGCCAUUGCCUAUACUAUGGGCUAUGGCUAUGUGAUAUUAUUAUUAAUGUACCUAUUAUUAAAUUAUUUAAAUGAAAUAUAAAAAUGUUUGGCUUAUAUUAAAUAUUUUAUAUGUGAUUGAGGAUUUCAGUAUUUGUUUUAAAUACACUAUUUAUGUAGGUAGGUACUUAUAAUGUAGUUUAAAACUCCUGGGCUCCUACACGAGUUCUCUCAGUAGGGCCCAGUAUUUUGAAAAAAAAAAUACAAUGUUUUUAUAGGUACAGUGUCUACAAUUAAUUUAAUAUUAUUAUAAAAAUAAUUAAGUAUUAACUUAGUCGUAAUAUUAGGCAUACCGUAUAAUAUUUAUAAUCUUAUUAGAUUAUUGCGUGAAAAAUAUAAAGAUUCUAAUUUUCGAGAGUGUGAAAAAAAAAUGUUUUGAAUAACUCUAUACAGGUACCUUAUAUUGACUUGAUGAAAAUUUUUUUGGCCUUUCUAGUAGUUAGCAUACCUUUCAAAAAGUUUAAAUGACGCCUCUGACUAAUAAUAAUAAUAAUAAUCUAACCUAUAAGUGGCUCUACCUUAAUUGAAAUAGAUACUCACCUACCUAUAUUGUAAAAAGUACCUAUAAUAUUAUAUGGAAUAUGUAUACAAGUAUGCAAUACUAUAAUAUUGUAUUAUAUUUAUAUUUCCGUAACUGAACUAUUUCUGCAGAUUACAUCAAUAAUAAUGAUAAAUUAUAUACAUAAAAUAUACAAAUUAGUAUUUACUAAUAAUAAUAAGUUACAUAAAUAGCUACAUUUUAAUAAAUGAUUGUAUUAUAUUUUUGUGUUAAUAUGUGGUUAAAAUUGUUUGUAAUAACUAAUAAGUAAUAACCAUGUAUGCAUGCCUGCUACUUAACUAAUACGCACAACAUAUCAAUCUAUAACAUUGAAAAGGCAAGUAUAGGUAAUGCAUUACUUUAUAAUUGCAUAGAUGUGGAGUGUACAUCAUCUUUGAGUAGGUCACUAUUAUAAAGGUUUAUAUUAUUAUUGUGUAGAUAUUACAUUUUAAUAUUAAAAAUUAAUUUAAAGUAAAUAUUUAUCCUCAGUUAAUUUUUGACAUUUUGUUGCAAUUCUAAAGCGAAUAGCUUAGCUAUAGAUUCUUGAAAUAUCACCAAAUAUUUAUUUUAUUAUUUUCUCUAGAUAAAAAAAUGUUUAACUCUUUUUAAUCUAUUUGUAAUCAUGAACAAAUUUGAUUUUUGGUUUUUUUUAGUUAUUUUCGAUCAAAUAUUAUUCACUCUAUCAAAAUGCACGAUUUUAUUUUUAUAAGUAUUAAGGCCCCCACACACUGCAGCGGUGGCGGUUGGCGGUGGCGGCCAAUUUAGCCCGGACACAAUUUUACCGCCACCGCUGCAGUGUGUGCCGUGUGGCAUCCUUUAGAAGUAAAGUUCAAAUUACGAAAAAUAUUCACUUUGAAUAAAUACAAUUUUUAUUUAAAAUACCUAUUAAAUAACUUAAUUGACUGCCCAGAAUUAUUAAAACGAUAAAUUUUAAAAUUAGCCCCAUAAACUAAAAAGAGAAUUUUAUUUAUAAAAGGUAGGACCUUGUUGUUAUUUUAUCUAUACCCGUGUUAAGUUUUAAUUAUGUUAGGAAACAACAUGAGAUUUAAUCGGUAACUUGAUAGUUUUCGUCAAAAAUGUACCUAACUAAAAAUCAUAGUCGUGAAAAAUCGUUCAUCGACUUAACAUUAUAUUUGUACCUAUCGUUUAUUAAUUAUUUAUGUAAUUGUAUAGCAUGUAUUCUUUGUACCUAUCUACCUAUAGGUAUUCAUUACCUAUUCUUAAACAUCAUAUUGAUAUUGUACUUAAAUCUACUUUAUAGUUAUUAAUUAUUAUUAUAUACACUUUUAUAUAUAUUAUAAUGUAAUUUAAUUAAGAAACAAUUAUAUACUUACUGUAACUGUAAAAAUUAAAUAUGAAUUUAUUUCCGUUAAUAAAGUUAUUACGUAUUAUUAUUAUUAUUGUUAUUUCAUUAUCAAUGGUUUU